UCAUGCACACCAUACAAUUUACAAACCCUUGACAUAUAAACAAAAUUGCUCUAAAAAUAUUACUCGACAACGGAGAGCUUACACCAAUAUACCACACUAUUCCGCUGGUCGUCCUUUUCCGUUUUUAUCUUUCUCGCACAUAAACUUCAUCGUCACAACAUUUUUCCUCAGUGCUUUUGUUACUGUUCAAAUAUCUCCUCAAAUGUGAGAAUAUCGUCGACAACUCCUUCCUCAACCUCCUCGAUCAUCCUCGUUACAUCAAUUUAUGGAAAAACAAAGUCAUGAAUGUACCAUCAUCGACAUCCCCGACAUAGAAAUAGACCGUCUUCAGAGUGACGAACCAAAACCCCUCAAGGACGAGAAGAUGAGCGGUGGCAUGCGGUUUCUCAGGGUGGCGCUCCUCGUCAUGCGAGGACGUUCCCAAAAGCCAAAGGCGAUUCAACAGGUUGGUCAAAUCGACGAUGGGUCCAAGAGCAGGUGGAAGAGGGUUGUGGGGUCCACGAGGCCCUUGCACCUUCAAAGCAACCAAUCCCCAUGCUCUGUUUCUGACUCCGCCAGUUUUUUUCAUUCGCCUAAGUGGCCAGCGAUGGAAUGCAGAGGCAACGCUUCUAAUUUUGUGGCGGAGGAGGGGCCUCACUCGCCUUCACUACCCAGUAGCCGUUACGCUUCGGCUGUGGGGUUGAACGAACUGGUUCAAUGUGAUGAGGAGAAUGUGAAGCAAGAGGUGAUCGUGAAGGAGUGCGAGGAACGCAUUCAUGGAGAUGGGGAUGAGAUGAUUGAUUCCAAGGCUGAGGAUUUCAUUACUCACUUCUACCAAGAAAUGAGGCUGCAGCGUAUGAAUACCGUGGAUCGUCUUUACGCCGAGCGAAGUCAAAGGUCACUGGGUUGGUAA